AUGAACCCAUCAUACGCCGACCAGUUCACCUACACCGUGGCGACAUCGCCGUACCGCAUUUCAAUUGCGUGUACCGCCAUCGUAGACCGAAAACACGAGAAUCCUGAAAACAGUCCAGUGUUCGUGUCAGGCGCUGAUGGAAUUAUACCGGUCUAUGUUAUCAUGAUUUCCAAGUAG